GCAUGAAACACACUUCGCUCGCCAGGUGCGAUUGGUGUGUGGAGUUGAGUAAGCAGGCGACAGACAAGACUGGAUGUCGUUUCCUGAAUAUAACCCUCCAUACAUACAGUGACAUAUGACUCACUGUUACACCGGGUCAUGAAUGCUUAAUGGAGUAAACUGCACAGACACAGACCUCACACCUGAGAGUUUCACCUGUUGAGAGUAAACUGCUCCGGACAUUGUUUACCCGAACAUCAACAAAGACCAACUAUUCACGACAGGCAGUGACCCGUCACGGCGCACCGUGGGAAGCUAUGUACGGUAUUGUCUACCAACAUCUCAGUCAGUUCAAGUAGUAUUGAUGGGCGGAGGGGACGGGCGGGAUUGGCUGUAAAUAGAAGGAAAUAGGUGCGAUUAUGCGAGGACGUUACGAUGUGGAUUCAUUGAUUGCUGACGCCCCGUCAUGAUGUAGAGGCCUCACAGCGCCACCCCCACCAUGCGCCACUCCGUGUAUCUCCACGUACUCUCGUCCUUCAACAUCAUCCUCAUUGGACUAGCGACCAAUGGAAGCACGUACUGCGAACACGUGCGCUGUGAGAAUAACAACCCCUGCAGAACUAUCUUCUCCCACGGCAAGGGGGACAGCCAUGUUUCCGCCGAAUGUGUGUGUCACGGGAAGUGGGCGGGGACACUGUGCGAGUCCCAGAUCCACGUGACUCCCGGCGUCAUCACGUCCUCCAGUGCCGAGGUCGUCAUCAGUAUCAAAAGUCCAAACACAAACACUCUGCAGCCCAGCCAACAUAGUUUCUCAUACACCCUCAUGUAUUGGAACAACAGCACAGACCACGCCUGCGCACUGCUACAGGAACUGACGUCACAAUCCUACGAUGUUGUUGGUUUAGAACCAAGUACAGAUUAUACAAUAUGUGUUGAAAGUGGGAUGGUGGAAACGUGUUUCUUGACGUAUCACAACGAUACGACGUUAUCCACAAACUGCCUCGUUAUAACAACGGAAGGGUUUACAAGUCGUUCACAUUCCAAUAAUGCAGCGGCCAUUGCUGCCAGCAUACUCAUCGUCAUUGUCGUUCUAGGAAUACUUUUCGCUGCAAUUAUUUUGAGAAGAAGACAUUUUUUAUUAGUCGACAACUUAUUUGGGAUGUGUCGAUGUGCUUGUUGUCGAAAGAGGCGCCCUCGGGCGUCUAUGGCAGCUACUGACUUAAUUGUCUUCCCUGAUUCACCGUUAAUGGAGACUUCGACAAAAUUAGACUUUGCUCCAUCGAGUCCCGGGAAGCCGAAACAUCGGUUAUUAAAACAGCGGUCCAGAGGAUAUGCUGCGUAUUCAACGAAAAAUGAAAAGAAAAUAGUUCUGACAACCGUAUUAGAAUAUAAUCAAGAUGGAGAGCUGUUAGAAACUGAUCCAUUGUCACAUAUAACUUGAGUGCAAUGUUUGUGUAGUGACGAUGUUCUUGAUCAACACUGGUGCUUAAACAAUGUUUGGAAACGGUUGGCCCCGUCGUUUAAGGCGCCGCCAUUGGCCGUGCAGAGUUGCGUCCCUUGGGCACGCCAGUAACUUAUGAUCGCGGGUUCGAAUCCCGGUUCGUCCAGAUUAUGUUUCUGGGUUUGUCAGCACCAUGCCAUGGUUUUGGGUUUCACUAAAGUGGUAAACGUCUCAGACCUGAAUCACAUCGGGCCUAACACACAAGUUGACAUGCUGUGAUAUAACUGGAAUACUGUUUAAAGCGGCGUUAAAAACCCAACUCACUCACUCACUUACUCUAAACAACGUGCUUGCUGCAUCUGUCUCACUGUCCGAAUCGGUAAUUAUCAUGUAAAGUAUUUGAACUACAUGUAUUAUAUCAAAAAAUAAAAUAUUUGCUCUAUUUUA